CCUCUUGAUCUGACUGGUGUGAGCAUUGCGAUUGACCUGCGUCUCCACAUCCUCGCCGUCAACACCACCCUUGGGCUCCCGCAUCUUGAGCAACAUCUAUCGAACGAACAAUAUGGCUCCCCGAUCUCAUUCGCGUGCAUCCCGUGCGCGCAGCCUGCGCAAGUCCAAUGACGCGACCUCCUCUAGGCAGGUGAUCGCUCCAGCCGCUGCAUCGCAGUCCGACAUCUCUUUCCCGGGACAGUCACCUUUCCUCACAGAGGACGAGAUAGCGCUCAAAGAGGAAUAUGCAGACCCAGUAUGUGACGCGCGUACUGAUCUUCAGCAAUCAACCACGUCGAGCGCGAGGUCCCCUUAUCGGGAGCGCACGGACACCAUGGUGCCAAUUGAGCACACCGCUACGAGGUCCGGGAAGUCUUCUCUCUCCUUCGAGGAUAAGGUUAUUCAACCUCCCCGCAUGGAGAGGUCUAAUGCUGCAGUGCCAGUUCUCGCGCAUGCUUCUGCCGACGAGUCGAACGAAGAGUGGGAAGAUGAAGACGAGGAGCUAAUGGACAGCAGUGAGCCACAUUGCACCUCAGCUCGCUCACCGUUGGCCGAUGCAGGCCAGAGUUCGAAUCCCUUUCAGUCUGCUCCCAAACCAAGGGCGAGGGAGUUGCAACGUACACCAUCAGUGUACAACUUCUCUGCAUCGGAUGCUGAAGUCGGCGAUGAAUUCUACUACUCGGCUGACUCUGUAUCCGUGACGGUGGCCCCGGAUGAUCGUUUCGACGCCUGGCUCAAGACUCGAUUGGCUAUGCGAGAUUCUAACAGCGAUUGCGCUGUCAUUCGUGCCGAAGAGGAACAAUGUCUCUCGAAACGCUUCGAAGUCACCAUAAUUCCGGACCAAAGGCGGACGAUUAUAUGGGACAGAUUACCCAAGGCCGUAUACAUAUGGAAGGCUACUCUCCUUGUGAAGGACAAUAUGCAGCAUUUCAGCCGCGUCGUUCCCGAUGUUCCCGAUCAUAACAUUCGGAUUGAAUGGUCUAAGAGCGUGAACCAGAAAGGGACGACGACAGCGAGAGCCGAGAACGACGCCAAGAGGUUCGCCAAAUACAGCAAAGUCUUCGAAGGGAAAACCAGGGCCAGGUACUGUACCAACAACAAGAAGCCUACCGAACAGGCGGUCGACAUACAGACUGAUUCCAAAUGGAUCCGGCAGACUGACCUGGGUCGUGCCUGGACUCUACGGUUCCAAGUGCCCGUUCCCUCGGAGCUUUUCGCCGGUUGUGAAUACCGCAAGUUCUGUGUGGAGGCCAAACUGUCCUCCAUCUACGAGCACGGUGCCAACUCUUUCACGCAUACGCUUGGCCGGGACUCAGAGAUCUCAAUCGAAAACCUGCUUAGCAGUGACAUAUUGAAGAAUACGCGUCAUCACUAGUCGAUCAGGAGUUCUAGAUUUUGGAAGGUCAGGUCAAGGUUCUCUGCUCAUGCACCACGAUAUUUUAUCCACGUUCGCUCUCCUGCGUUACCACCCUCAUUCAUCACCACUGUCACUCACUUGUAGCUUAUAUUAUGUGUAACAAUUGGAUUCUGUGCGCCA